AUGUCGCUCAUCGAUGCGGACACAAAUACAUCGAAGCCUGAGACAAAUGGGGAAAAGGAAAAACACCUGAGUGACAACUUGACGCUGGCGUCGGUUAACGACUCAACCUCAGAGGUGGAAAACUAUGACUCCAAACCGCUUGCAGCUCUGGACUACAUAGAUUUGCGAUUUGACUCGACCUCGUCUAUUACUAUGAACACCUCAGCCCCUCUGGACCCGAGCUCUGGUCUUGAGAUGGAGAGCUUGGGCGGCCCAGAAACUUGUCUUCUAACACCCGUCACUCCCGUGAAAAAGACGUCUUCCUCUGCCUUUAAGAGAUCCUUCACCAGACAGAAGCAAAUAAAAGAGUUAUUAAACACAGAAGAGGUCUACGUCAAAUCGUUGAAGGUGCUGAAAGAGGUGUAUGUAAGCUAUCUUGGCGCGAGCGAGCCGAUUCCGCUAUUUUUCGAAAACUUCGCGAGAGUCGUCGAUAGCCUGCUGCAAGAACACACGCGAUUCCUGAAAGGACUGGUCUCACUAUACCACGAAUGGAUCAAGAGCGGAAACUCUGCCGAGACUUCGAGACUAUCCAUCCACUCCCCCAUGUUUGAAACCCACGUCCCCAAAUCUGAAGAUCUGUGCUACCUUGAGAAAAUCAUCGAUUGGAUCCACGACAAUUCCAUCAGCGUCCCCACGUACAGUGCUUACUGUCAGCUCGUUCCAAAGGUCAUUGUCUUUGCAGAAGCUAAAAACGUUCAUCAGUACAACACAAGCUCAAUCGUGAUAUACAACGAUUACAUGGUGGAGCACCAAGACGUCGCUUCCAGCUACUUUCUCCAGCAACAGCUAGACAUCAGGUUCAUCUCGCUAGUCCAGAUGCCCACGAACAGGAUAUCCAGAUACAGAUUGAUAGUGGAUUCGCUUUUACAGAAGUCAAAAGGUGACAUUGACCCAGGAAUGAACAAUAAACUUGAAUCGUGUGUGAAGCAUAUCGCUGAUAAGUGCACUCAGAUUAACAACUAUGUGGGCAGGUGUGAAAAAAUCGAGCUGGCUAGCCAGAAGCUCAAGAAUAUGCUGUGCGGUUCUCUCAAACGUAUAUCUGACGACCCUUACUUCUUCGACAAUAUGGGAGACGUCAUUAUCGUGGCAGCUUUUGCAACCGUGUGGAGCCACCAAGAAACAAUCAAGUACGAAUAUUUCGGUUCUAUUCUUUGUGACUCGCAUCUAGUUCUUGUGAGGCCCUAUAAACACCGCCAGUUGGGUGUCAAAAUGAUCAUUCCUGUUUCGUCGAUUUUCAAUAUCCAGGACAGUGACUUGGGGGCCAAAGGACUUCUCUUCACAAUCUAUCCCCACUGCUUUAAGAUCCAAUUUGAGUACAAUUUCAAGCAGUUUGAAAUUGUCGCGAUCUUACCGUCGGAGUCAGAGAAACAGGUGUGGCUGGAGAAGCUACGCGGGGUGUCAGCAAAAUGGCGCGUCAACAUUGGAAGCCAGGACUUUGCGUACUCCUUUUUCAAACGAAAACACAGAAUGCACAGAAGUGAACUUGAAAAGUUCCGGUUCAGAAGUUUCAUUCCUGACGACAUCACACCAUUUAGGGAGAAAAGUCACGGUCAGUUUUUUGCGCUUGAAGCGAGCGUUCGCCAAUUUUCCAUCAACCACUACACACCGUACCCGGAUGAGUCUCUGCGCAGAGACCGCUAUUCCAGCCACAAUGUCGUGGUGACAAUCAAGAAGGAGGAUAGAGUCAGAGUCGAGAAGAGUUUGGGUGAUCUGUGGGCGUCUGAGAUCCCAAAAACUACCGCCCCACUCACCCGCAGCAUUUCCGACUUCAGUUUGCGGAAAAAGUUGUCAAUCUCGUCCAUUUCUUCCGUCGGCAACCAAAACUGUCAAUCCUCUGGUCCGCGUUCGAGCUCGCUCGUGAGAGGAGGCCGUGGCAGCACGAGGCUUUCCACUUCUGCAUCGAUGCGCAAUUUGGCACACACAUUAGGUAACAUGAGGUCUACAGACGAAAAGGAUGAAGCGGUAUGCACAGAUACAGAAACUUAUGCCGACCACACAAUUUCGGGGUCUGGCUCGAUCAGAAAAAGCUUCAGCUUCAAGAAGCUCUUCAAGUCACUAAGCGUGCAUUCGAACAUGUCUGAACUCGAAAAUACGAAUUCACGUUGA